CUACAUUAUGGCUUGUCCUGUACACUCCUGUCUCUUGCUUUCAACAGCUGAGUCUUGCCAGUGCAUCCAAGCCUAUAAUCAUUGAUCAGAUUGCUUGUUCUACCAAUCAAUCCAGUGACGAGAACAAGUGCAUGAAGGAAUCCAUUUAUGACUCGGAAACUUGUCUGCAAGCUCAUGUCAUGCGUUGCCAUCAGCGAUCACGCGCAUGCGAUUGACAUCGAUACUUAUGAUGUCAUGCGAGAGAAGACGACUGAACCGGCCAGUGUCUCAGCCUCGCCCACGGUCGACGUCAGUAUCUCCGGCGAAGAGCAGGGUGAAAUCAAGGAGACGGAACCACCAGUGGCAAUCGAAACGUCCCCUCCCUCUACGCAAACCAACAACAUAGAAGAUUUUAUUGUUCCCCCUUUGCCAACCAAGGCCCUCCUUCCAAUAUCUGAAACAGAGGGAAUGACCAGCGGAGCAGUCCAACCUCCAGGAUCGACCGGGCUAGAUACUAUCUUCUCGCCUUCACAAUCUUCUCAUGAUUCUGAAGAUAACUUCACAGAACUUGGAGAGGGCUAUGGAGAAACGGAAGAACUUGAAAUGGAAGUAGAACCAACAGAGGAUGACGGAGAUGCUCUUAUCCUGAAUGGAGGUACGGGAAUCCCUAUAGGGCCCGAUGGCGAACCACAACCGCUUUUACCCCCAAUAUCUUCCCGACACAAGGGGCGCAAAUGUCUCGUUCUUGACCUCGACGAGACUCUUGUUCAUAGCAGCUUUGGGUCUCUUCAACACGCAGAUUAUAUCGUACCAGUGGAGAUCGAGUGUCUUUGGCACGAUGUGAACGUCAUCAAGCGCCCGGGUGUGGACGACUUCCUGAAGAAGAUGGGCGAAAUUUACGAGGUGGUGGUUUUCACCGCCAGCGUGAGCAAGUUUGCGGACCCUGUUCUAGACAAGCUGGACGUUCAUCAAGCUGUGUCGCAUCGGCUAUUCAGAGAAAGUUGCUAUAACCACAAUGGGGACUAUGUCAAGGAUCUCUCCCAGUUAGGUCGUCCGCUCGCAGGUACCAUUAUUCUGGACAACUCUCCGGCAUCAUAUAUUUUCCACCCCAAGAACGCGGUCCCUGUUUCAUCUUGGUUCAAUGACCCACAUGACACGGAGCUCAUUGAUCUUUGUCCUUUCCUUGCGGACCUUGGCGGCGUGAGAGACGUUCGCGGGGUUUUGGAUGGCUAUCUGUAUGUGUGAUGGUGUAUAGUAUUUUAGGAAAAAGUAUACAAGAGAACGGUAAGCUGCGACUGCUUGGCCUCGCGAGUUUAACUUCAUGGCUGUGAUUUCCAGUCUUGGACCCAUUCGUACUACAACGUCGGUCGUU